AUGCCUUCCAAAAAGCCGGUGCAUCACUGCCCGCAGUGCGGCGCCGUGGGCGAUCUAACCUGCCUCAAAAAGGGACAUUGGACGCCCUGCAAGAUCCACGGCCGGAAGGGUCAUCACGGGGCGUAUCACCCUUGCGUGAAAUGUGCAAACGAGGAGAAACGCAAGGGGUCCGAGGAGAAAAAACAACUCCGGAAGGAGCAGAAGGCCAAGACGACGCUUCAGAGAGAAGAAGCCGAACGGAAGAGAAAGGCCGAGGAAGCGGCGAGGGAGGCCGACAGGCAAAGGAAUCUCGAAGAACAACAGAAGCGCAACCGGGAAACCCUGGCUCGAAAAGAACAGAAAAGAGAGGCGCUGCUGGAGAGACAGCGCCAGGAGGCGGAAGAGGCGAGGUUGAAAAGGGAGGAGCAGAAGAAGAAGCGGAAGCAGGAAGAAGAAGAAGAAAAGAAGCCAAAGCAGCAAGAGCAAGAGGACCCCAAAGCAGCACGGAAAUUGAAGAAGAAAGAAAAGAGGAAACUCCGAAGGCGGUCCCCUAAGAACUCAAACCCACCGGAGAGUCAACAAUCGAUCGAGGGGGCGAAGAGUCAACAAACACAGCAGAGAAUCUGCUGCUUCCCCCCUUGCCACCACAACCAAGCAACCCCCUCUUCUCACCAACUUGGGAGCCAACCCCAACUGCCGCUGUCGCCGCUGUCGCCGCUGUCGCCGCUGCCGCCCCGACGAUAUGAUGAACACCAGCUCCGACGAAAGCAACGGGCACUUGUUGACACCAUCCACGGAAGGCAACACUUCUUCUUCCUCGGGCGACGACGUCACUCCCCCGGAGUCUCCUCACCCUUCAGACAGAUCCGCAGUCACAGAACAUCUAGGCCCCAAUAG